CUUCCAGCCACUCUCUUCCCAACAACAUAUGAACCAAAACUCCCUCUCUGAUCAUCGGGGCGCUUUCUUUUACUCUCUUGCCUUGUGAUCAUUUUCUCUCUAUCCCAUGGUGAUCGCCUUCUGAUCUCAUUUCAUUGUCGGUCACUCCUUGCCUUCUGCUCUCAACCUGUCUCGUCUCAUCUUGUACUACUACUACUACUUCCUCCUCUCGCCACGGUCUCCGCAUCUGACGUUCCCUAUUCCCACUUGCGCUUCCGGGGGCCCUCCACUACGACUCGCUUCAUCUCAACACAGAGCCAGCUAAAUAUUCAUUUAAGUUUGAAACUUAACCAGGUUACGCUCUAGGACUGUCAACGGGCGUGCCGCGCAGACGCCACCAGUUCCCUCAUGGCAACCAACGGCCAUUUUGCCUCGAUCGGCAACGGCAGCAGCGACAAGACUGCUUACGAGCAUGGCGUGCAAGUCAUUGACGGGGACAAAGAGUUCAAUCCGAAUCUCUCCAAAUACCUGAGUCUCGAAGAUGUCACCCACGCCGGGUUCAAUUAUCAUCUCAUCUCCGUGUUCGGAUCCCAAUCGACCGGAAAGUCCACGCUACUGAAUCACCUAUUUGGGACCCAUUUCUCAGUUAUGUCCGAGCUGGAGCGCCGUCAGACGACCAAGGGCAUAUGGCUGUCGAAGAACAAGAACGGCGGGGACUCGUCGAUGGCGGAUAAUAUUCUGGUUAUGGAUGUCGAAGGCACAGAUGGUCGCGAAAGAGGCGAAGAUCAGGAUUUUGAGCGCAAAAGCGCUCUCUUUGCGCUCGCGACCAGUGAGGUUCUGAUUGUCAAUAUCUGGGAACACCAGGUCGGACUUUACCAGGGUGCAAACAUGGGACUACUGAAGACUGUCUUUGAAGUCAAUCUUCAGCUUUUUCUGAAGGAUCGGAACACUACACACCGGUCUCUUUUGUUCUUCGUGAUUCGUGAUUUUGUUGGCAAUACGCCCUUGAAGAACCUGCAGAACACCCUCAUGGAAGACAUGUCCCGACUAUGGGACUCGAUCUCGAAGCCCGCUGGCUUGGAGCAGUCGUCGGUGCACGAUUAUUUUGAUUUCCAAUUUUAUGGCCUUCCUCACAAGAGUUAUCAGCCCGAACAGUUUGUUGCUGAGACCAAGAAACUCAGCUUGCGUUUCCGUGAAGACCACAAAGACUCCGCCCUCGAUCCUCGCAAGGGUGAGUUCUCUGACGGUGGAGUCUUCCUACCCGAGUACCACCGCAGAAUUCCCGCCGAUGGAUUUUCCAAGUACGCAGAGGGCAUUUGGGAUCAGAUUGUGAACAAUAAGGAUUUGGACCUUCCAACCCAGCAGGAGCUGCUGGCCCAAUUCCGCUGCGAUGAAAUUCUGCGGGAGGUUAUGACUGCGUUUGAUGAAGCCAUUGUCCCGUUUGAGGACAAGCAAUCACAGGCGGCUCGUCUUGGUGAGCCGGAAAUUCUUGGUGGUUUGGGGGCCGCCAUGCGCUCCUCUCGCAGCAAGGCGUUCAGCAGUUUCGAGACCGAGGCCAGUCGCUACCACAAGGGUGUCUAUCUGCGUAAGCAGGCCGAGUUGGAAGAGAAAAUUGACACCCGCCUUAAGGCCCUCUUUCAGGGACAGCUUGACGCUAUGCACAAGGCUGGUAUCAAUGAGUUCAGCGAGGCUGUCUCUAAUACUGUCAAGACUGGUCAGAAGAAGGGUACUAGUUACGACUUCGCGGAGAUCGUCAAUGAGGAGGUGACCAAAGCAAUUCAGAAGUUCGAGGAGGUCGCGCGCGCCACCGUAGUUGAGGAGACGUCUUGGAGCGAUUACCAGCAACAGUUGUCGCUGUAUGAGAAAGAAUUGGCCGAUGUGAGCGCACGAUUGCGACGGGAGGAGAUGAGACGGCUGGCCACCCGGGUUGAGCGAUGGGUUCAGUCCCGUCUAGGAGAGUCGGUCGGGCUGGAGUUCAAUGCGCUUGGUUCUGGGCGCGCUGGAGGCGGUGCACCAGAAGAAGGCGACAAGCCUGCAGAGAAGAAGUUCUGGGACCGUGUCUGGAAUGUUUUUGUUGAGACGGUUCUUGAUGCUGAGCGCAGAUUCACCGAUCGCGCCAGUAGCUUUGACGCCAGCUUGGAAGAGGUUGACGUUGGUCUGUGGCGGUUGCGCCGGAAGUCCUGGGGCGUGCUGCGUGCCAAGAUUGAAGAAGAGAUGUUGGAGGGAAACUUGUUGCUGAAGCUGCGUGAGAACUUCGAGGACAAAUUCCGCUACGACGAGGCUGGCGUCCCCCGAAUCUGGCGCCCGACGGAUGAUAUUGAAGGCAUCUAUACACGGGCGCGCGAGUCGACUCUGACGCUUAUCCCGCUACUGUCACGAUUCCGCCUCGAGGAGACCUCCGCUCCACCUCCGCUGGAUCGCUGGAUCGGACACACUCCAAGCUCUUCGACCCCGGCGGACGAGGAGGACUUGCCACCAAUUGGAGGAGUGGACGAGGAGGAAGGCAAGAGCUUAGAGGAAGAGAUGACGAUGCUCAGCGAGGCUAAGCGUCAAGAAUUGACGGUGCGGUUUAAGAAGGCGGCGGACGGAGUAUAUGUGGAGGCAAAGCGCAGUGCCAUCGGAGGCAUGACGCAGGUCCCGCUGUACUUCUAUGGUAUUCUCCUUGCGCUGGGCUGGAACGAGAUUGUCGCUGUGCUUCGCAAUCCCGCCUACUUCUUCCUGCUGUUCGUGUGCGCAGUGGGCGCAUAUGUCACCUACCAGCUUAACCUCUGGGGCCCUAUCAUGAAAAUGACGGAGGCCGCCUCUAACCAAGCCAUGGUGGAGGGUAAGAGACGCCUGCGCGAGUUUCUAGAGUCGUCUGAUACAGGCCGCCAAGCAAUUGCGAUGUCGACGCCAGGCGGCACUGGACGCGGUGAGCAGCACGAGAUGUCACGUCUUAACAAGCAAGGAAAGAAUGUGACGGAAGCUGAGGAUGAUCUGUGAAGCUGGAAGGGAGUCUUGCAUUCUUGUAUUCCACUAUUGUGUAUUGUCAUUGUCUGAAUAGAAAUCAUCUCUACGGCUCUGGGGAGCUGUUUAUGUACUGUACACCGCUCGGUUCAUACUUGG